UAUGAUCAACGUCAAGAGGGUCAAUAUAAUAUUCGUGCCGAUUGGGAUAAUUUCAUGUUCCUGCUGAUACCGGCCAGCGCUACGGAUAAUUUGAGUAUUUUCGAUAUCUUAGGAAAAUCUGGUUCAAGACGUACUCCGCACUCCUCAUUAAAAUCAUCAAAUAAAAAGAAAUAUUCUCCCAGCAAUUCGGGUCUGAAGCCGGCGGAUGGUGGUUCUCUGAAAUAUCGUCAGGCUAUGAAGAAUCCUGUGGAGUAUUUACCAAGGUCCAGUGAAAAAUUAUCACCCUCUUCGAGAGUGGGAGAAUUUAUUGAAGGCCGAACGCCAUAUCAUGGGGACAUAUCUGCCCUGCACGAUGAUGGUGAGGUGCAGUCUCGUUUGAAUCCUGAUAGGCAAGUUGAUGUCCUGCCACCACCUUCAUAUCCUUUGGCCUAUCAGCAUCUGAUGAAACCCUAUUUGGAGGCGGAUUCGACAAUUAUUCAGGUCCUGCCACCGGCAGAAUUGGCGGGCAAUCGGGCUUAUUCAG